AUGUCUGGAUGUCUGUCCGCCGCCAGCAGCCUGGACUGGUCUUCACUCGCUUUUCUCCUGUUUGUAUGCAUAUUUGUACAAUUCCUUCGUUUCAAUCGCACCCACCACGAACAACUACCGCUACUUCAAGAAACCGAAGGUCCGACAUUGCCUAACUACAUUACGCCAUCAUUUCGCGAUGUCCACCAUGCUCUUCCUCCUUCAAGACACUUCCCGGCGCAACUUGUCGUGUCUACGCCGACUAUCGAACGUGUUCGCGUAAAGAAAACAGAACUCUCCCCGUCGACGCAUUUUCAUUCGAUCACGGGUUUCAACCGUUCGGCUCCUCCCCCACGUCGAAGUCGAGUUCCCAGACCCCCUAAGGCUUACCGGACCCUGCCAUCGACCCCGCCGCCACUCCAACCAUCCGCACCACCUUCUUCACCAGCCGACACACCUUCACUUCGUGCAUCGACGCCGAUCCCCCCUCGAUCCAUCGUAUGGACCUCGCAACCCCUUCAUCAUAUCGAACCGUACUCACCCGCCGACUCACCUCUGCUUCGUACACCCACUGUCGCACUUGUCCCGACGUGGACUACUCGUUCUCUGUCUCAAUACGGGGAUCAAGCCCAGGGUCAAAGAUACCGUGCUCGCGAGCAGGGCGACAUUCAGGACUCCCUGUCCGCUGAUCUCCAGGCUCAUGCACUUCUCCCUGGAGCGGUCAUCUUGCCUACCAUACACCACGCGCACCCUAUUGACCGACAGCAGGCCGAAUCCCUCGUCAGCGCGCGAGCCGACAAUCAGCAGGCUGCGACCUUGGAGUCCCCUAUCCGGCUUCGUGCUGGUAAUUUGGCCGUACGUCCUUGGGAGAUAGAAAUCGACAUCCUUCCGGACAGAGGGAAGGCUGGGCGGCGCAAUCUGAAGAGACGAGUCAUCGGGAACCCUGUCGAGGAUGACUUCGCCUCACCAGCCCAUCAUCCAACUUCGCCCGUCUCCGACGAAAGACAAGGGCCCUUCUUCCGUUCUCCAGACACCCUGAGCCCAAGUCCUCGCCUGAUACUCGAAUCACCCGAUGCAGACUGGUUCGACGAUACAGAAGUAGACCGGGACCGCGAACAACGAUGUCGUCGACAGAGGCGUUUCGUGGAGAUGCAGAGAUUGCCGGCGAAGAAACAGCGGUUGCUUGGGGAGGAGGCGAUAAAGAGGGGUAAGAAGGCGAUGGACGAGGGGAGGACGAGAGAAUCGCUUUUCUGGAUGUUGCAGGCGGAGAUACAUCAUAAGGAAAUGGAGAGGUUGAAUCGAUUGGCAGCGUUUGCGAUAUUUCGAGAGAAGAAUAAGAAUAUGACGGGAGGGGAGGUCGAUUUGCACGGGUUGUAUGUGAAAGAAGCCAUUCACUAUGCCGCGCGUGGUAUCGAGUGUGGUCUGGAACGGGGAGAUAGGGAAGUCCGCUUCAUUGUCGGUAAAGGUAAACAUGCGCCGGAUGGUAUUGCGCGUAUAAAACCCGCGAUAAAGACGUUCCUGACAUAG